AUGAAAAAUAUAGUAAAAAUAGAACAAUUAGAAUUAGCAUCAGCAGUAGUAGAAUUAGGAAAAAAAGUAGGAGCAGGAUUAGCAGCAAUUGGAUUAACAGGAGCAGGAGCAGGAGUAGGAAUAGUAUUUGCAGCAUUUAUAUUAGCUGUAGGAAUGAAUCCAAAUUUAAGAGGAGAAUUAUUUAAAUUAGCAAUGUUAGGAUUUGCAUUAUCAGAAGCUGUAGGAUUAUUAGCUUUAAUGAUGUCAUUCUUAAUCUUAUACUCAUAA